CCGAGUAACACGGCAACGAGAGUUUGCACUAUAGCGCCUUGUUUGCUAUGGGAAUCUGGCGCUCGGGUUUUAUACUGACAGCCGCAUUGUGUGCGCGCCGACAUGCGCGUCCGUGACGCUGUAGGAAAAAUAUGACUGAUUCAGCAGCGUAACAGGCCCAUUCUGCACGUCCCGACCAACGCCGACGUUUUUGUGUCAAUGGGGAGAACGACAAAGGGAUAAGUCCGUUAUAAAAGUACAUGUCAGCAGAGUCUCCUGUCGUGGGCAGCACAAAAGGCUGGACAUAGCAGGUUUUGCCUCUCCGCCUGUAAUCCCGUCACGGGGUGAACCAGCGUAUAUAAACGACGGGAGUGAGGUGGGCGAUGUGCACAGAUACAGAAAUCAGCUCCACACGUAGCGUCAUCAUGUCUACUAGCGGAGAGAAGUCCACCAAGACCCCCUCCCAGACUGAUGGGAAGACUGCCCCAGGGAAGACAUCCAAUACCGGCACGAUGGCCUACAAGAUGUGUGUUUUCGACCAGGAGAAUUUCCAGGGCAGGUGUAUGGAGAUUACUGGAGAGUGCAUGAACGUCUGCGAGGGGGCCAUCGACAGAGUGCGCUCUCUGCGUGUUGACUGUGGCCCCUUUGUCGGCUACGAGCAGAUGAACUUCUGUGGUGAGAUGUACGUCCUAGAGAAGGGGGAGUACCCUCGCUGGGACUCAUGGAGCAACAACUACAGGAAUGACUUCCUCAUGUCCUUCAGACCUGUCAGAAUGGACCCGGAGAAGCACAAGAUCUGCCUGUACGAGGUCGGGGAGUUCAAGGGGCGGAAGAUGGAGAUCGUGGAUGAUGACGUGCCCAGCCUGUUUGCGUACGGCUUCACCGACAGAGUCGGUAGCAUCAUGGUGAGCUGUGGGACCUUUGUGGGUUACCAGUACCCCGGUUACCGUGGCAGCCAGUACCUGCUGGAGAAGGGUGACUACACACACUUCAAUGAGUAUGGUGCCCGCCAUCCCCAGAUGCAGUCCAUCAGGCGCAUCCGUGACAUGCAGUUCCACCCACACGGCUCCUACGUUAUGGCCAACAAGUGAGGGGCAAAGAGAGCGAGAAAGACAGAGGAGGGGGAAGAGGGAAAGGGGAGGAGCAAACGGGAGAGGAGGAGCCUAGUUUAACGAUGAGGCCUGUACUGUAGGUCAGGCGCCCGAUUGGGACACUACAGGGGAGCAUAGAGACUUAUUGCUAUUUUUCAAUGUUUUUUCUUUUAUUUAAAAAUAUAAAUUGGAGAAAUAAAUAAAACAAGCAUUUCAGAGAUAUUGCUUUAGUAUAUAUUACUUUGUCUACAUCUACAAAUGUUGGUGAAACCAUGGAAUAUAAACAUAAUGAGGUAAUUAGAUAACAACUAAACUAAAAUAUCUCUGAAAUGAUGGACCAUCCCUCUGCUCUUCUCUUUCUCUCUCAGCUUCUCUCUUUCCCAAAUUUGCUGUUAUCUUUUAUUUCCCUUUUUCUGUUAAUCCCCAUUUCCUGGAUCCCAGCAUGGAAACACACCGAUAAGAACAAACUAAUAGCCAGUCACCUAGUUAAUGAAAUGCCUUGCGAUGGAGUCUGAUGUCCCAUAAAGUAAAUACCUCCUGUUGAACCAUUAAAAAGGAAUAAAUUGAAAUUAACACACCAGUGUACAAAUUUCUUGAAAUAAAAACACUUGAUUUCA